AUGGACUCUCACACUGCGACGGAGCGUGCCAUGCCGUCGCAUCCCUCAGCCCACCAUGCACCGCCUCUGCCCACCGAUCUGAAGCGCAAGCGCAGUCCCUCGCAUGAAAUGCAUCUGGCGCCGGCUCCCAUACCCAAAGCUGCUAAGCACAACCACCUGCAGAUCAACUACCUCGCUCGCCAUCUCGAAGAAGACCUACCACUCAUUACCAACGAUGACACCCUGCCCAACAUAUUGUCCUUGCUCAGUGACUACCAGGGCGUUCUGGACCGCCAUGAGAGCAUGGCCUGCAAUCUCGGCGCAAGGCCAUUGGGUCCCAUCCUGAUCAAGCGAUUCGAGCGCCUGUUCGAUGGACCGCCACGCGUAUUGAAGAGCCACGGCAAGGAUGGGACGAAUGUGACGUGGCUCGACGUGGUCGAGUUUGCGCGCAACAAGCCUGAGCAGUUCCAGCUGGACCAAAUGAGCGAAGGAGUGAGGGUGUGCCAAUUCUACACCAAGCAAUGCCGCGUCCAGAUUUCCGAGGAAGAUUUUGUCUUGAUAUCCUCUGGUAUUCCGCAGAAGAUGAUUCCUCCGCAACCCAUCAUCGAGGACGAGGAAAAGGAACUAGGCACAAUGGAGAUACUUGAAAAGAACUUGAGUCAGAUAUGUUCAUUAGCCGACCAGGUCGCUGCUCGCACUCGGCAGCUUAACCAUAGACUGAAGGGCCGCAAACAAGCCAUUCUUGACCGGCGAGCGACCGCAAGCCCAGCGCCUCAGCUUCCUCGACCUACCAGCCCUUCCAAUGUCGCUCUUAUGAACGGCGGCUCAGGUGUCUCGACCUCAGGCUAUAGUCAGGGGCAUGGCCAAACCUCACAAACGUCGCCCGGGGGUAGCGGUGGUUUCGUCGCAGUAAAUGCCCGCCAGCAUCACGAAUCGAAUGGUCACGGACAUAGCCACAGUCGCGGCCAUGGUUCUUCAUCGACUACCCGUCACGAGCUCCUCUCCAAGUUCCACACCUUGAGCGAACGGCGUCCGUCACACCCUCUACACAACAAUCCCGAUGCACGGGCACAGUCUGUCGGCCAUACCAUCUCUCAUCCUUCCACACCAUCAGCAGUCCCGGCGAGACCUGCUCCAAAACCCACCGAAACAUCACAAGCUUCUCAGCAGCCAAUUGGUAGACCAUCGCAUCCUCUAAACGAGUCCGAACUACACUCAAUGAUGAACUCUCCGGUCCCGAUACCCAAUACCCCUUCUAACUUGCUCCCUGCCUCAAGCCAACGCGCUAGUCAACAGCCCGAGAAAGACGAUGGGGGUCCUUUCAAGGUCGAAAUGGUGCACAGGAUGGAGAGCUUAGCUAAGGGUGACCGUAUAAUUCCACCAUGUGAUCGCUGCCGAAGAUUGCACAUGGACUGUCUUAAGAAUCUCACAGCAUGCAUGGGCUGCACCAAGAAACACGCAAAAUGCUCUUGGAAAGAGGUCCGAGAGGGAGAAUUGCGUGGUGGCUAUACCUACCCGCCUGGCACUACCAGCAAUGGUCAGAGUGAGACAAGUGAUCAUGAGGGUGGUGACCGUGCCAGCACAGGAAGUCCUACGGCAAUGAUGAGCCCAUCCCAUCACGGGCUUACGCCAUCACAUCUCGCGCACAGCAGUGGUCAGCAUACACCACAACCUCAGCCAGCUCAUCAUCCACAGCCAGAACAACGUGUACAACAACCAGCACACCAUGAGACCCCGCACGAGGCGAGGAUGGUUUCGGCCCGCAGCACCCCGCCUGCGCGGGAGCGGGAGCGGGAAAGGGAGCGGAACGUAGAAACGCAACUUCAGGAAGCUGCGCAAUCUAGCCUUGCCCAUGCAAAUGCAAGGUUGGCUGGACCGGAUGGUAAAGGCGGGGAAUAUGCCAACCAAACCAUGGUUGCGUGA